AUGGAAAAUGAAGGCGAUGAUGAUUUCAGUGAUUUUGAUGAUAAUGAGUUAGAUUCACUAUACCAGAAGAAUAUCAAUAAAAACAUCAAAGAAACAAUCAUUAGGAGAUCAGUACCUGUUCAAAGAGACCUUUAUAACAAUAUACUUCCCGGAGAAAAACCCUACUAUGAAGAGAUUCAAAGGGAAGUAACGUUUGGUCCAACACAUCAUAAACUCAGAAGAGAUAUGUUGGAUACUUACAUCUAUCCAACCAAUUUUGAAGUCCGAGAUUAUCAAUUUGACAUUGUCAGAAAAUCACUAUUUACCAACAUUCUAUGUGCUAUUCCUACGGGGAUGGGUAAAACAUUCAUUGCAAGUACAGUUAUGCUAAACUACUUCCUAUGGACAGAGACAGGUAAGAUUAUUUUCACUGCUCCCACUAGACCAUUGGUAGCACAACAAAUUAAGGCGUGUUUGGGUAUAACAGGUAUACCCAUGGAUCAGGCCGCAAUUUUGCUCGAUAAGAGUCGAAAGAAUAGAGAAGAAAUCUGGGCUAAUAAGCGAGUGUUUUUCACAACACCUCAAGUGGUGGAGAACGAUUUAAAGAGAGGUGUAUUAAAUCCAAAGGAUAUCGUAUGUUUAGUCAUCGAUGAAGCACAUAGAGCGACUGGCUCUUACGCCUAUACAAAUGUCGUUAAAUUUAUUGAUAGAUUCAACAGUUCAUAUAGAAUUUUAGCAUUGACUGCUACUCCUGGUUCGGAUUUGGAAUCGGUGCAAGAAGUUGUUAAUAAUCUAGAUAUUUCGAGCAUCGAAAUCCGAACAGAAGAAAGUAUGGAUAUCAUUAAAUAUAUGAAGAAAAGGAAACAAGAGAAAAUCCAAGUUGCUCUAACUACGGAAAUUGAAGAUACAAUCGAACAGUUGGGUAUAGCAAUUUUACCUGUUCUCCAACAAGCUGUUGAGCUUGGGAUUUAUGAAGAAUGCGAACCGUCACAUAUUAAUGCCUUUAAAGCUAUGCAACAAAGUCAGAAGGUAAUAGCGAAUCCAACCAUUCCAGAGGGUCUUAAAUGGAGGAAUUUCUUUAUCUUACAAUUACUAAAUCAUGUGGGACAAAUGCUUAAAAGAAUAAAGAUUUAUGGAUUAAGAACUUUUUACAGUUACUUCACAAAUAAAUUCAAGGAAUUUACCACAAAAUAUGGUUUAGGUAAAUCAACCAACAAGAUAGCGGCAGGUUUCUAUUAUAGCCCUAUUUUGAAAACAAUGAUGGAUAAUUGUAGAAGCUUGGUGGAAGACCCAGGUUUUCUUGGGCAUGGAAAAUUACAACAUGUCAGAGAUGAGCUGCAAGAGUUUUUUAAGUAUGGUGUCAAUGAUUCUAGAGUGAUUAUAUUUACUGAACUUCGAGAGAGUGCAUUGGAAAUUGUCAAGUGUAUAGAUAGCAUGAAUGAUGAUAAUAUUAUACCUCAUAUUUUUAUAGGUCAAGCAAGAGGAAAGGAAGGGUUUGACGAGGUAUCAUAUACUCGUAAACAUCAGCCAAAGGGAAGAAAAAAAAUUGAUAGGCUAAAACGGUUAGAAGAGGAGAAAGAAAUGGAAGAAAGAAAAAGGAAGAAAAAAGAACAAGAUGCUCUCCAAAGAAGCUCCAGUCGGACAGGAUCAUCAGAAGAUGCUCAAAUCAAUGGUAUGAAUCAAAAGCAACAGAAAGAAGUUAUUAAACAAUUUAAAAAUGGGAUUUAUAAUGUUUUGGUCUGUACUUCUAUCGGGGAAGAAGGUCUGGAUAUCGGGGAAGUUGACUUAAUAAUUUGUUAUGAUACUACCAGUAGUCCGAUCAAAAAUAUUCAGAGAAUGGGUAGAACAGGUAGAAAACGUGAUGGUAAAAUUGUACUUCUUUUUAGCAGCAAUGAGGGCUCUAAAUUUGAAAAGGCAAUGGAAAAUUAUUCCAAUCUUCAAAAGCUAAUUUCUCAACACCAUGUUGAGUACAAAAAAUCUGAUAGAAUACUUCCGGAUAAUAUCAUUCCAAAGUGUGAGAAAAAAUUCAUUGAAAUUAAUGAAGAAGAUCAAGAAGUAAAUUCAAUGAAUGAUUCCGAUGAUUUAAUUAGAUAUGCAACUCAAUGCAUGAUGGGUAAAAAGCCAAAACAUAAAAAGGUUAGAGAAAAAAACAAAACGAUUAAGCAAAAAAAGAAGACUGAAAAACAAUUCUUCAUGCCUGAUGACGUCGAAACAGGUAUAGUCUCAGCUAGCACCCUCGUAAACAAAGUUCAACCCCUAGAGACUGAUGACCUAGCUAUCGAUCCUGUCGUCGAGAGACCAAUCAAAAAAAGGAAAUUUUCUGUUUUGGAUAAGUUGGAAAAUGAUUCACUAUCAUCAGGUACUGAAUCAGAUAAAGAUGACCUACUUUUGGUAGGCGCACCGAGGAGCUUGUCUAUUGGAACCUUGAUUCAUUCGGGCCCUAACGAAAUUUCAGACGAUAUAAUGACACCAAUAGUUGCUCCUCCAAACAAUGUGAAAGAUAAAGGCGUUAUAUCAAAGCCAGGUGUAUUACUGAACGAAAUCGAUGGCACGUCAACCAUCCUGUUGGAUAGUAGACAAUCAGAGCUAUCUGUGAGGAAGAUACCGAACGAGGUUAAUAAGAACAUACAUAAGAUGCCAAUAACAAUGAAGAAUGAUAUGGAAAGCUCGAGUGAUAAUAUUGAACUAAGAACAGAUAAGCGUACUUCCUCCUUUGUGAGGAAUAUAGAGGUGAAGAAUAAAACAGUCAGUACAGAUGUGCUUUCUGAGAAAUAUAAUAUCCUAACACAAGAGGAGGAAGUCCAUUUUGGAAAAAAUUACUUCCCUUCUGUAUUCACUAUUUCAGCAGCUCCCAAAUUUAGUUCCCACUCAAAAUCCUCAUAUACACCGCACACAAAAUUCACGCAGGGAAUGAUAACACUAUUUAAGGACGUUGAUAAUCAGAAUAUGAAACAAAAAAUCGAGAUGAACAAAAUUUUUUGUGUGGCAAGAGGACUACAAAAUGGUGUAUUUUCAGCUGAUAAUACAAUUGCUCCCUCGUUUGUUGUAGCAAAUGAUGAAAUAAGCUUUCUGCCUGAAUUUCCUUCCAAAGAAACGUCUUUGAAUAUCACGAACGAAGAUUUAGCUGAUUUACUGGAUUCUGAUUCCGGAUCGGACUUUUGA